AUGACACGAACUUCGUCAAAAAAACUAAAUAUGACAAAAAUGGAAUUAAAAAAAUUAAAAUCCAUUCUACCAACAUUAAAACAAAAACCAACAUCAACACCAAUUGAAAUUGUUUUAGAAACAAUACGUUAUAUUCGACAAUUAGAAGAUCAAUUAAUUGAUCGAUUUCAAAUGAAUAUAUCAAAUUCAACUUCUCAAUCAUCAUUAUUUGAUUUAUCUACUGAUUCUUCUUCUUCAUCAACAUCAAUUCCAUUACAAGAUAUUGGAAAUAGUAACUAA